AUGCCGUGGCAGGCUCUCGGGGGCUCGGCUCCGCCGGCACCACCGGCGCCGCCAGCACCCGCGGCGUUUGUGCAACCGACACAGGUCCCGUGCUUCUCCACCGACGCCUCGGGCAUGGUGCUGGUGAUCUCGGCGGCGGGCGCCAUGUUCGCGGCAGGGCUCGUGCUGUGGCUGGUCGUCCUCCGGCGGCGCUUCCCGCACGUGUACUUCUUCAAGCCGCACAACCGCCGUCCGACGGCGUACCGGUCGUGGGCGACGCAAGCGUGGUCGAGCUCGUUCACCGAGUUUGAAGAGUUGUGCGGCCUCGACGCGGCGCUGUACCUGCGGACCCAGGCGUACCUCAUGUGGUUCCUCGGCCUGCUCUCCGUCGUGACCACGUUGCACGACUGCCUCUUCCAGUACACCACCGCCGUCCAUAUUGCCAUCGCCUCGCCGCGCCUCUGGCCCAUGGUCGCCGUCACCUGCCUCACCGCUGCCGCCACCGCCGCCCUCCUCUUCCGCAUCGGCGACAUGUAUCUCGACGCCCGCCGCCAUCACCUCGCCCGCAAAGUCGUCCAGAACCAGUCGGUCUACAUGUUGGGCCUCCCCACCUCGGUCGUUGACCCUGCCGCCCUCGCCACCGCCCUCGCAGCACACUUUCGCUCGCUUGACACCCUCCACGCUUGGGUCGCCAUCGACUGGUACGCCGCCGCCUCGGCCUACCGCCGCCUCGACGCCGCCCGCGCCGGCCUUCGUCUCACCCAUGCCCUCCUCGACUCGGCAUCAGGCGACAGCCGCGACAACCGUGACAACGACGCCGCCGCCUUGGAGCACGCGCCACUGCUGGCGCACUCGGCCGCGCCGCCGCCCCGCACUAUCUCCCGCUGCAUCUGCCGUGGCUGCUGCUGCGUCCGCGUCGACGCUGGGUCGCACUUUGAAGACGCUGCGUCAGACGCGGCUGUAGAGCUCCGCGCCACCCUGCUCUCGCACACUGCGUGCGGAACUGGCGUCGGCUUUGCCACCUUUGCCACACCGCGCCAGGCGUGGCGCGCCACCAACGAACGCUUUGCCGCCACACUCGCCCGCGAGAACCUCUCGCCCGACGAGGCUUCCAUCGUCGCCGCCCUUGAGCACGGCUCGGUCGCCAUCCGCAUGGCCCCUGAUCCGCAGGACAUCAUCUGGGAUAACCUCUCGGUCUCGUGGUCGUCGAAAAAGCUCCGCCAGGCCGCCAACUAUGCCAUCCUCAUCGCGCUCAUGCUCUUCUGGCAGAUUCCGGUCGGCCUCCUUCUCUCGCUCAACGUGGUCAUCGAGCACUCGUCGGCCUUUUCCUCGCUCGGCGACAAGCCCGGCGCCCACAUGGUCUUUGCCUACCUCAUCCCGUCGCUGCUGCUUAUUGGCUUCCGAGUUGGCCUCCCCUACAUCCUCAUGGCGCUCGCCGUCCCGGAGCGGUUCCACUUCAAGUCGACGAUGGAGCGUGCGGUACUCAAAAAGUACUUUUGGUUCCUCAUCGCCAACACUCUCGUCCUGCCAAUGCUUGUCACCUCGACCUCGUCGGCUGCCUCGCAGCUCCAUGACAUGACGUCCAAGGACGUGCUCCGCCGCCUCGCGGCCUCGCUCGGCAACUCGUCGUCGUUCUUUAUGUCCUACGUUAUCAUCGUCACCUUAGUCGUCACUGUCGCCCGCUUCUUCCGUACCGGCCCUAUCCUGCUCUACCUGUGGAAGACGUCCGGCAAGUACGCCUCACUCCCAUCCGACGCGCUAGCCUCGCUGCUCGGCGAGCCGGAGGCGUUUGAGUACUACGUCGAGUGGGUCGACGGCAUCUCCAUCUUCACCGUUGCCCUUACCUACGCCACCAUCGCCCCGCUCAUCGUCCCCACCGCUCUCAUGUACUUUGUGUGCAAGCACUUUGCCGACCGCUACAACCUCCUCUUUGUUCACCCGAAAAGUAUGAGUCGGGAGGCUCCAUGAUCCCGCACUGCAUGGUCUUUAUCUACGCCUCGCUCGUCAUCUUCUCGCUCGCCUCGAUGGGCUUUGUCCUCGCCCGCGGCUCAGCCGCCCAGGCCGUCGUCACCUGCAUCGUUCUGCCCACCAUCCUCGCCCUCACUUACGCCCGCAUCCACUUUCCGUUUUCGUCGUCGACGACAAUCUCCCACGCGACGUCCACUCGGGCCUUGACACCCAUGCUCUUGCCGCAGACUUUGCCGGUGCCUACGUCAACCCCUCCGCCAUCAAGCUUGAAGCCGAGCUAGACUCAAUCGCCCCGCGCUCCUCGGCCAACGAUCUCUCGCUACCGCGCCCAGUCCCUGGCUCGCUCUUUGACUCGCUCCACGACGUCGAUCUCCACCUCCACUCGCCACACUCCAUCUCGCCGCGCUCCAUCUCGCCGCGGAUCUCGCCGCGCUACCCGUCGUCCACCGACACCUCGGACACCUCGGCCGAGCCCUUGGCAACCCUCCCGGGAGCCCUCACACUUACCGCAUCCGCCGCAGCACCCGUUGCGCCUACGCCACUCCCCAUCACCGUCCCACACUCUGUUCACAGCCUCAAUUAAUCGUUGCAGGCUACCAUGC